CUCCACUCUAAUGAUGCUGACCAGAGUGUGCAGCGGGUCGUUCCUGGUGCUCAUGUUUCAUCCACGGUUCCAACUGCAAGCCAAGGAAGACAUAUGCCUCCGUGUUCCCUCCCUCUCAUGAAGGAAGUCACGCAGCCUUGCAGGCUCCAACAAAUGCCAUUCUACUCCCCUCACAGCCCUUACCAAGGAAUAUCUCCCCCUUCCCAGCCACCAUACACGCACCAGGGUUCCCCGAAUGGACCUCAGUCACCACAUCAAAAGCACCUGCCCAUUUGCUCUCCAUCAUUGGGUGUGAACCAGAGUCCACAGUUUACACCUCAGCCUGCAUUUGAGAGGGCAAAUGUGGAGUCCUCGGUUGGAUUCAUACACGAUCAUGCCUCGCCCACCUCUCCCGUCUCUCAGCAGCCUCAGUGGACACUUGCAGCACCCUCAGGAGGAACCAUAAAUGAGUUUGUUCCCAAUGCAGCUGCACAAGACAGGAACAUCACGCCACAGUCUCCCAACUGUGAGUCUCGUUAUGGCCUGGACCCAGAGCUCCUGCCCAGUGUUGUGAAGGUGAUUGCAGAGGAUGCAGCAGAGUGGGAGGGCAAGGUCUUCGUCUCAGAGCCUUUUUCCCGUCUUCCUCCUCUGGCAUCUACUUCCUGUAUCAUAGAGGACAAGGGUAACGCGAGUCCUCUCGCCAUCCGCUCCGCCUCGUACUGUGUUCCCUGUGAAGGCCAGACUGCCCUGCUCAGCCGCGUGCCGCUGGGAGCUCUGGUCACGCCUCUGGCCAAACAAGAUGCGGGAGAGAAGCACCUGCCUGUGUGCACCGAGCCAGAGUGUGUGAUGGGUUGUGGUUGUUGCGGCGCCUCCAUGUGCCCGGCGAUGGGCUGGCAGGACUGUGGUCAGAGGUUUUACUGCCCCUUCUGUGGUAAACUCGGUGAAGUGCCGUGGCAACACUACCAGCCCACCAGAGGGGUGGAGGGCGUUCGGGUGGAUAAAGACAAGAGGCCUGAACUCAGUAUGGGCUCAUACGAGAUACUCAAUUCUCAGAGGGGUGAACCUGCUGCACUGCUUCUAGCCAUAGAUGUGUCUGCGUCAGCAGUGAGAGGAGGACAUUUGGAGUUUGCAACACAACAAAUACUCACUCUGCUCACCUCUCUGGAGAGGGAGGAUGGCGAUGCCUCGUCAGACGUCCGCGUUGGUUUGAUGACGUACGACAGUAGGAUCCACCUGUACAACCUGAGCCCGGCCCUGUCCCGCCCACACAUGCUGGUCAUCGCGGAGACAGAAGACCUGCAGCUUCCUGUGAGGGAGGGGCUGCUGGUGCCGCUGAAAGACUGUAUAGACAGUAUCGACAGUGUGUUGCAGCUUAUUCCUCAGUUUAGUCCAGAGUGUGACGACUCGAGCGGAGUUCCCAUGGAGCUGCCUGUCAAAGCGGGGCUCGCCGUGCUGCAGGCCCUGAGUUGUCCUGGCAAGCUGCUGAUCUUCCAUACCGCCCCUCUGAUAGAGAAGGGACUCACAAACUCGUCCUCAGGGUUCUUCGGCUCCAACAAACCAAAGUCCAUCUUUCAGCCGUCCGAGCUAGCCAUCUCAUUGGCCAAGGAGUGCGUCAGUCAGGGCUGCGGCGUCCACCUGUUCGUCCUCUCCCAGCAAGACGUGGGCGGGGCUUGGCCGGGGCACAUUCCAUAUCUAACAGGUGGAGCUCUGUACACCUACAGCCACCUCCAGGGAGAAUUGGACAGAGAGCGUUUCAGCACUGAUCUAAAGAGAGUUGUAGAGACGGACACAGGCUACAAGGCUGAGCUCAGGAUCUAUGUCAGCAAAGAUAUGCGUGUGUCCGGCUGUUAUGGACUGUUCCUCCCCGGGCCCAGCCCCAGCCGGGUCAUCAUGGCGACCCUUGAUCGGAGGACAACGCUGGCGAUGGAGCUCGCACACACCAGAGCUCUGGACGAGACGCAAGGCGUCGCCAUACAGACCGUAUUGUCCUACAGCACCCAGACAGGAGACAGGAGGACCAGGGUUCACACUCUGACCCUGCGAUGCUCUCGUCACCUGCAGGACACUUUCCGGCAGUACCAGGCCCAAACAUUACUCACCUUCUACUGCAAAAAAAUCUACUGUUCAGUGUUGGAGCGCCCUCUACAGGAGCUGAGGGAGGAGCUGCAGACGGAGGUAACGGAAGCGUUGGCGUCAUACCGCAAACACUGCUGCUCGGCCUCCGUGUCUGCUGGACAGCUGGUCCUCCCUCAGUACCUGCGAGCACUCCCUGUUUACAUCAACAGCCUGAGGAAGAGCGAGGUGCUGCUGCCGGGGCUGCGGAGCUCCAUCCACCAGCGGCUGCAGCAGCGCUGCCAGGUGCUCAGCAUGGACACCUGCAGCACCUCCACACACUUCUACCCUCUGCUGCUGCCGCUGCCGCUCUCAGUGGACAGCUCCUGCUCUCCAAACCCAGAGGAGGCACUGCGCUGCUGUGCUGCCAGCCUGGAGCCCGGAUCUCUGUAUUUGGUGCAUGCACCCCUCACCCUGCUGCUCUGGGUGGGCACCCAAGUCCCAGCAUGCACCCUGGUGGAGCUCUUCAACGCCAGCUGCUUCUCCUCCCUGCCCUCCGGAGAGACCAAGCUGCCACUUCUUGAAAACCUCCUGUCCAUCAGUGUCCGAUCCCUCAUCAACACACUCAACUCCCAGGCGCCGUGUGCCCGCAAGCUGUGGGUGGUGAAGCAGGGCGACGCCGGCGAGGAGGCCCUGCAGCGCCACCUGGUGGAGGACAAGAGUCCCAACGGAGGGGCGUCCUAUGCGGACUUCCUCUACCAUCUCCACGUCAACUCUGUCCGGCUUCUGCAGUGACUUCACGCACACAUUUUCAGCCCACGGGACGGCGCGAACAAAAGUACUCCGAGACAUUCUUAUGAUGUGGAAAUAUCAAAAGGCCUGUUGUCAGCGAAACCCAGGCGGUGCAUGAAGACAUUUUUAAAAGAUAUUUGUGUGACGUGUUGACUGUGAUCUGAGCUGUUCUAUAAAAUGUGUUGAUGAUGUUUAAUUUAUUCCUGUCUGAGAGACUGUGUGUGUGUGUGUGUGUGUGUGUGUGUGUGUGUGUGUGUGUGUGUGUGUGUGUGAGAUGCCCACAGUGUGUUUUGUGUGUGAAUAAUCCAUAAAUAAACUAAUCUAUAAAGGCUUUAAUUGAACCUUGAUUGGGGUUUCUUCCAGCGUGCUUCAGUUGAGGAGAUUUUUUACUUUUCGUACGUACUGCAGCUGCCUGUACUGUACUGUCUGCAUGCAGUAUGCAUUCAUUUGGGACGUACUACUUCCUCAUAACAUUGCACCUUGCUUGGACUUUGACUCUCUUCCUCAUGUUUCUGCUGAGCAAAGGAUUGUGGGUCGGAAUAGCCUAAGUGGCAUGCCGGCUUACAUACAUACUGCAAAAUGCUACCGGGUGUAGUAGAACGUCCUGGUAUUUUUGUCACACAUACUAAAUCUUUUUCUGGCAUACUAGUAUGAUGGCAUGGGUAUUGGAACGCACAGCAUAUUUAAGCACAGUAGUGCUUUGAGCUAAAUGCUAACACGUCUUAGUUUAGCGUGUUAGCACGCUUAUUAGCACUAAAAACAAACUAUAGGUUUGGGGUUUGGGGAUUAAAUAUGUAUCUGACUCGCCUUAUUUUUCAGGAGCCACUUGAUCCAAACGCUGAUGGUCCUGAUACAAAACUACAAAGUGGACGUUCAUA